CGCGUUCCGCUGCCCGCGCUCCUCCUCCGCCGCGGCCUCUGUCGCUGAGUGGUGGCCGGGUAUGGAGGCGAAGGCGGCACCCAAGCCAGCUACAGGCGGCGCGUGCUCGGUGUCGGCAGAGGAGACCGAAAAGUGGAUGGAGGAGGCAAUGCACAUGGCCAAAGAAGCCCUCGAAAAUACUGAAGUUCCUGUUGGCUGCCUUAUGGUCUACAACAAUGAAGUUGUAGGGAAGGGGAGAAAUGAAGUUAACCAAACCAAAAAUGCUACUCGACAUGCAGAAAUGGUGGCCAUCGAUCAGGUCCUCGAUUGGUGUCUUCAAAGUGGCAAGAGUCCCUCUGAAGUAUUUGAACACACUGUGUUAUAUGUCACUGUGGAGCCGUGCAUUAUGUGUGCAGCUGCUCUCCGCCUGAUGAAAAUCCCACUGGUUGUAUAUGGCUGUCAGAAUGAACGAUUUGGUGGUUGUGGCUCUGUUCUAAAUAUUGCCUCUGCUGACCUACCAAACACUGGGAGACCAUUUCAGAAUUUUUAUUUUAUGGCCGGGUGCAGUGGCUCACGCCUGUAAUCCCAGCACUUCGGGAGGCCAAGGCGGGCAGAUCAUGAGGUCAGGAGAUCGAGACCAUCCUGGCUAACACGGUGAAACCCCGUCCCUACUAAAAAUACAAAAAAUUAGCCGGCCGUGGUGGCGGGCAUCUGUGAUCCCAGCUACCUGGGAGGCUGAGGCAGGAGAAUGGCGUGAACCCACGAGGCGGAGCUCGCAUUGAGUGAGCCGAGAUUGCGCCACUGCACUCCAGCCUGGGUGACAGAAUGAGACUCUGUCUCAAAAACAAAAAAAAUUUAUUAUGAAUGUGUGCUUUUUAUUAACGCCACAAAUUUGUUGCUAUAAUGGAUACUUGAAAAUAUAAAUAAUAAAUUAUCUCGGUGUGUUAGAGCGGUGCAGUUUCCUUCGAGGCCUGUAACUCAGCGGUUCUCAUCCCUGACUGCCUGUUAGAAUCACCUGGAGGCUUCUGCGCCUGACUCUGCUCAGUCCCUGCCCCAGACCAUCUGAAUCAGAAGGCAGGGGGCCAACAGUACUGUGUUUCCAGAGAGUUCCAAGCGGUUCUCCUGAGCAGCCAUGGUUGAGAACCACUGCUCUCAUCCCACGUAAGAGGAGAGGGCUCUGAGUGUGCGAGUGGAGUGGAGGGGGACCUCUGGGGAGCUCCAGCAAUUAACACAGCAGGAAGCAGGGGGCAGCUGUGACAGGACUGGCUGGCAGUGGUUAGGAUGAUGAAACGCUGAGAAGCCAAGGGAGGCAAGAGCGGUCAGACAGAGCAGGUGUGGCCAGUUGCCUCCAGGACUGCAGAGUUGAGGAAUCUGAAAGGAGGCCAGUGUUUUGGUCAGUAGGGACUUGGGGUUUUUUUGAGAGGGCAGACUCAGUGAAGUGCUGGGAACUCAAGCCAGUGAAGAUGAGGCCACUGAGGAGUGAAGGCAGGAGCAGGGUGUCAGCCUUUGAUGGGACAGGGUGGACAGAAGGUUAUUUGUUAUGGUGAAGGUUUAUGCAGGUGUCGGAGGCCCAGGCAAGGGCAGACUGAAGACACAGGAGAAUGGGAGGUUCGUUCUGAACAGCAUCUCACAGUAGCUGCUCUUCCUGUCCUCUGUGCCUGUGCUUUCUGGCUCCUUCCUUCCAGAUGCUCAUUGUGUCACUUCUUGCACUUCAGAAGGGUGCAUGGUUUUAAGUCCAAACUCUUCUGACAAGCUUUCAAAGCCGUACAUAUUUUUUACCCCAUUUUUUGUCUUUCUUUCCUUAUGCUUCCUUAAUAGUCACCUCCUCGUCUAUCAGCUGAUUUCCUCACACACAAUCCAGGCUUCUUCUUGCCCUUUCCCCGAAAUGCUCUGCUUAGCCUCUUUAAAUAUUCUCUAUCUCUAAGGCAAGUUCAAGUUUCAUGUUCUUCAGGUAAUAUUUCAUACGGUUAACACUCCUUACUGAUAUCACAAUUUCUUAUUCUUUCACAUGUUAUGAUUUCUUUUCUCCAGUUAGAUGCUAAAGAUAGAACAAGCUGAAUUGUAUUUUUUAAAAUCCUCUGUAGCAAGGGUUGAUAAACUUUUUCUGCAAAGGGUUAGCUAGUAAAUAUUUCACCCUUUGUGAGCCACUUAUGUCUCUGUCACCUAGUCUUUUUUUUUUCUUUAACAAAGCUUUUAAGAUAUAAAAACCAUUCUUAUCUCACAAUUCUCAACUAUGGAAUGGAUUUAGUCCACCAAGUAUAAUUUGCCAACCCUAGCUCUAUAGCAUGGAAUGCUUAAUGGGCCACUAGUAAAUAGGAGCAGAUAAAAAUAACUAAUGCUUAAUGAGCACUUAUGAUGUGCCUGGUAUUUAACAGGUAUUAUCUCACUUAAUCCUCACAAAAUCCAUCUGAAAUAAGUGCUAUUAUUGCCAGCAUUUUAUAAAUAAGGCAUGGAGAGUCUAAGUGCCUAACCCAAGAUCACAAAGCUGGUAACUUCUAUAAUAGUUGAUGGAUGAAUAACAGUUGAUUGGGAAUGAUGCCUAACUGAGGCUAUAUAUCAAACAUCUUUUGGAAGUGUACCUCCUUACCCAUGUUACUAAUAUCCCCAAAGUUUAUUAACAUCUGAAAUCUGUUACAUAACCAUGUACAUAUAUGUUGUUUUUAUGGGAUACAACACACAUUUUCAUAGACCUAUGUUUAUUCUCAACUUUCUCAU